CAACACGGACAUAGCUCCUCCCUGUGGGUUUUUGGCGACGGCACACACAGCGCUGGGUUUUCUAGGUCAUCCCCUUUCUCGAAGCGCCAAGAUUUCUUUCUCCAGCGACGACGCCUAGCUCCAGCUUCCUAGCUCACUCGCAAGCGAGCGAUUCUUUUCUCCCCGCGCCGCCGCGCUAUCGGGAAUCGGUGGCAUCGCAGCGAAAUUUCGAGCGGCUUCUCCGCCACACGGCGCCUUGACAACGGGUUUCUUCUUGGGCGAGCUUAAUGGAGGAGGCCGAUUGCUGCUUGGACUCGUUUGGAAUCGAGGAGCUGCUGGAUUUCUCGCAGGACGGCCUCGCGGGUCCGAUAUGCGAUCUCGAGGACAGCAGCAAGAACAGCGAUUCUAGCGGGCUGUCUUCGCUCAUCGACAGCCGGAGUUUUUGCGCUCCGGAGCUGGGAUGGUUCGAUUUCGGGAAUGCAAAGGUGUUGCUGGGCUCGUCGGCCCGGGAGGAGGAAAAGAACCGGAUACGAGCGCAGCAGCAGCAGCAGCAGGAGCAGGAAGAGCAGCUAUACAUGAUGAGCCCGGUGUCUGUGCUGGAGAGCUGCGCGACAUCGGAGAGGUCAGCCAUGGUUUCAAUCUCCUCGGUCCACGCCGGCGGCGAUGUGAAGAACGUGUUUUCGAGCACGGGGAGGAGCAAGAGGGGGCGGACCAUAACGCCCACAAAGACCAGCUACACAGCGAGCACGGACGAUGAAGAGCAGGAGGACGUAGAGGACGACGACGACGACGACGACGACGCAGAUGUGGAGCUCGAGGAGGAGGAAUAUGAGGUGGACGAAGAGGAGGAAGAUGAGGAAGAGGAAGAGGAGGAAGAAGAGGAGGACGAGCACUCAGAGACUCACGAGUCGGACUGUGCUCUGUCGACGGAGAGCGAGGUGGCGACGGAGGAUCAGGACGACGAUGGCCUGAUCAGGCUCCCGGCCGCGAAGAGGCAAUGCAAAGAUGCCCAGCAGCGACAAAACCAGGGGGUGGCUCAACGUCAUCAAAGCUAUCACCACCAGCAGCAGCAGCAGUCCGGUGAUGGCCUGCCAGAGAUGCCAUCGAGGAAGUGCAGCCACUGCCAGACGCAGAAAACUCCACAGUGGCGAGCCGGUCCGUUGGGACCCAAGACGCUGUGCAACGCGUGCGGUGUCCGGUUUAAGUCGGGCCGGCUGCUGCCCGAGUACCGGCCCGCGGGGAGCCCGAGCUUCGUGUCGGACAAGCACUCCAACUCGCACAGGAAGGUGCUAGAGAUGCGGCGGCAGCGGGAGAUGGUGGUGAUGAAGCAUCUCAAGGAGGAGGCCGAGGGGGAGAUUGCCGAGGAGGAGGUGCUUAUCGCCUGAAUCCCCAUCGACCGAUCGAUCAUCCAUCAUCCAUCGAUGGCGAGUCGAGGUUAGGCCUAUUUAACUUCUUCUUUCCUUCCUUCGCUCCUUCCUUUCGUUUGAUCCUUUCUUCUCCGGGAGGACUGAGAGAUCAGGCAGAGAAUUCGUAUUCUUUACGGGAAGUUGCUAGAGUGGCGGUUCUCUACUUAAUUCUUUUCUUCUUCGUCUUCGUUUCUUCUUCGUCGUUUCCAUUCUACUGGUUUCGCUGCUUGUUCUUUGCUACAUUUUCCAGAGAACGAGUCUUUAGCUAGAGUGAUUAACAACGUCUUAGUUGUUUGGAGGGGGGGGGGGGAUCAAAUUCUUUCUUUGUUCUUCAUUGGGGGGUCGGUUUUAAGUUUUGCUUUUAGGUAGUACUACUUUGCUUUGCAAUUUUUUCUGCUACUUUUUUGAGAGAGGGAGAAGAGUCUUGGUGGAUCCAUGCCUUCGAUUCCAGCAGUUUGACGAAGCAAGAGGCUUGUAUUUUGUGCCCAUGUACUUAAGAAUCACUUGUGGAGGGCCAAAUCCACUUUAAAGAAGGAAUUUACGCGAGAGAUUGUUUGGUCUUCCACGAGAAGAUCCGUGCGCGUAGCAGAGGAGGCCAUGGGGUUUUCGUGAGCGGUACGGACGGGAAUUCGAAUUUGAAUUCAAAUUCAAACCGUCGGGGCGGGAAAAGCGUUGUCCAUUCCGGGGGCCGCAUCGUUUUGGGAGAGAGAGAGAUGUGCAGCAUAUAUAUUCGUUGGGAUGGGAUUGGAUUGAUCCGUCAAAACAACAAGUGUGCUUUGAUGUGUGAAUGUGUGGUUUGUGGGUCCACUCCACUGCUGAAGAAAGAGUUUGUGGUUGAUGCC